UUUCAGACUACCAUUACUGUGAGAUGUUUUAGUAAACUCGAAUAAUAAUUAUUUGCUGUUAUUGUUUUUAUAGAUCCUUAGAUUGUAUUUAGUUUAUAUAUAUCACACAUGGCUGAUAAGUUGCCAUUAUUACCUGACAAGGACGCAGUAUGUGCAGACGUGAAGUCUGUUCUUCAGGAGGUGUUCCGCGACUCGAACUAUUUACCAAAAGUCGUUGAGGACAACAGUGACUGGGUAGAAAAGUUGUCUGAAGACAACAAAGUAUUGAAUAAUCAGGAGUUAAAAUUACGAGAUGAACAUGCGAAACGCCUCUCGAAGGAACCACUUACAAAUAUUUACAGACUCCAUUCUCCCAGGAUCUUGCAGAAUGAUCAUCAUAGCAAGUGGAAGAAACUUGUCGGCCUAAUAGGAAGGAAGGAUUUAAAACCGACGCUGAAACAGGAUGCAUCUGGAGACAAUAACCUUUGGGUGAGAAAUAUACUUAAUGGUAGUUCUGGAAACCUUGCAACAAUUAAAGUCACAGGAUCAAAGAUACACCCGCCAACACCUCUACAAAUAUCCGAUGACAGUAGUCUGCAGUCUAUCAGCUGGGGACCAGUGAGACAAAUAUCACCGGCUCCAUCUCCGUCAUCGUCUUCAGCCACACCUGUUCCUGAUUAUAUAAUUUGUAUUCCUUCGCAAUUAAAAUUUCUAAACUUUGAUAUUGGACGGCUUCAUACGCAUACUUUAAGGUUAAUUAAUGUAUCAAAAUUUGAAAUGCGUGUUUCUGUACGUCCUCCUAAACGUCCCGAGCUGGACGUGGAGCUCUGUUCUCGGCUCGUUGUCACUUCGGGAUCCGCUGCUGAAAUAAAGAUUCAUUUUCGACCCCAAGAUGUUCGUGAGUUGAGCGAUCAACUUUUUGUUCGAGUUUCUUCGGGACAGAAACUCAUUAUUCCCAUCGUAUGCUACAUGGAACCGCCAACGCUUAAUAUAAUAUAUCCUCCCGGAAGUCUUCAACUGUCGUUACCCGAAUAUACAAAGACAGUGUCAGACGUUCUCGACCUAGGAGCUCGUUUGUUGGGUGACGUACAUCAAACUCCGUUUGUACUGAAGUGUGGAGAACGACACAGUUCUUUUUUUUUACUCUCAGAAGAUGCGUGGCUGGAAUAUUCUAUUGAAGUAGCUAUUGGUACAAGAGACAACAUUCCAAUGUACGGUGUAGUAGCGGACCGCUUCUUUUUAACGCCGGUAAGAUGGUGUGGAGGAGGCACGGUACAAGGCCUUGCUCUCUGUCGUGCCGACACUCCAGGUCUACACACGGCGUCGUUAAGAAUAUUGUGUUCGACAGCAAUCGUAAGACCACUGCACCUGGUCGCUGAUGCUUUAUUGUUCUCUCCUAAACACAUAACUUUGAAGGCUCAAGAUAAAGACUAUGACAUAUGUAGUGAAGAUGAUCCGGCUUGUGAGUAUUACGUUCACCUCGGAACCAGUUUUCCAAACGAAUCUCUCUCUGCUACGGUUACAAUUUGCAACCACAGUUCCUUGUCUUAUAACUAUCAAUGGAGUGUCAGGCCAUGGGGUGUUUGUUCCUGCUGGGAUCCAUCGUAUUAUCAAGAAGGCGAAGAUAAUGACAGCGACCUCUGUCCCGGCGCGUUACGUACUAAACAAGAAAUGAAGACAGAGAUGGACAACAAGCAAGCUGAGGGCGACCCUUCGUCAACCGUGCACGUGGAGCCACCGCAAGGUCGUCUCGAGCCCCGUCGUCAUAUUGAGCUCUGUGUCCGAGUACCAGAUGCAGGAGGAACUCCUGGGUUGCGAAGGGCUGUGCUUAUGUUGAUUUUAACCGAUAUCCCUAAAGAAAGUUUCCCAGCGGAUUACAAUCCUAUGAUCGUCAGUAUAAAUGUCCUUCAUGAAGAAGCCAUUCCGGGAGUGUCCAAGAGCUGGUCACGCGAAGUGUGUGAUGUAGUGUGUGCUGAAAUGGAAGUGUGGUGGACCGUGGUUCCCGUGAGGUUCGCACUCGACCCUCCCCUACUACUACUGCCUCAUUCUCGAAGAAUUAAAUCAGUGACGAUCAAGCUUCGCGCUACGCAGUUAUGCGGAAUAUCAAGUGUAAAAGCGCAUUUCGAAAUGAUGACACCGCCUCCGGGACCUCCGAGGCUGACGCCGGGACGCGCACACUUCAUAUCUGCUACAUUACCAUUGACAGAAUUACCGAACGAGUUUCCUGACACGUCAUAUAUACGUCUGAGGUCGGAGCAGUCCGCCUGGUGCGUGUCGUGUGCCGUGAGUCGCUGGUGCAGUGAACGAGCCCCGGGCCUCCGCCCAACCCGCUGCUGGCUUGGAGUGCUCCCCCCGGGGGUGGCCGUACGGACCGAGUUGGCCGUACUCAAUGACACUCACCAGCAUAUACACUGGUGGGGCGCGUGUCAUCGUUGGUACCGCGAGCGUGCCGUGUCUCUGGCGUGUGAGGGUCGUCCCCCGUGUGUGGACUGCUGCAGUCGGAGCUGCACCUGCCUGUUACUGACUCCGUCCCGGGGAGCCUUGAGACACAAGCAGAGAAUCACUCUCCACUACCAGGCCAAUGCCCCGGAUUCGGAUGGCUGCGUGUCGACCCUGGUGCAGGUCAGGCGGACAGCCCCGGACACUAGCUCCGUCCAAAGCGUCCCAGGGUCGGCGGCGCGCGCUUCUCUCGUCACCUACCGAGUACUGGCACCGCGAAUCGUCCUUAGCGUGCUGCCCUGUGGAGGAGACAAGAGAACAGAAUGUGUCGGCUGUGCCCUCGACUCUAGUUCCACGGCUGUGUUACGUCCGAGGUCUGCCCUCACCGUGGGAGAUACCUCCUGUUGUCGUCUUCGAAUUACUAACACCACCCCGAUACCAACUCACGUGUCGUGGGAACCAGCUCUAGAAGAGAAGGACGCCUUAAGAAUAGUCUUCAUACCCGACGAGUUCGAGCUCGGUGGUUACUCUCAAGUUACUGUAAUGGUGACCUUGGAAGCCAAGAGUGUGGUCAGGCGUCGCCUGUUCGUCCGCAGAGCUCACGUCCUUCAUUCCUACAAACCGUUGUAUUUGUUAAUUGACGCUGCCGUUUCAGGUGUGGAGGUGUCUGUGGAGUUUCCUAUAGGUGGAGGAGAGCACACUGAUUCAUUUGUCUCGAUCAAGAUGUUGCAAAAGGAAAACAUCGCUGCCAAUAUUACAAUAAGGAAGCCACAGUCACCCUCAGUCACCGAGAUGUUUGCUGAAUACGAUCGUAAAAGAGUUUUCCAAAAAGAGAAUACUUGCACCUGUAAGUAUGAGAUGGUCUUCAUUCAACCCAAGAAGGAACCGCAACCACCAACCCGAGACACCGAGGAUUCUCCGGCGGUCGAAAUAGUGGAAGCUCCUCCGGCCCUUACUCGCGUAUGUCCUUGUUCCGGUCAAUGUAAGCCUAGGGUGCCUGAAGACGUUGAGCCCUAUUGUAUUCAGUUCGUUGGUCUUCCGUUAAGAAAUGUCCGGAGUCGUCCAGUGACACUCCGUAACACUUCUCGUCUGCACGCUCGCUGGAGCUGCGCUGUCCGUAGGCACAAGAGACCUCGUUACAGGACGGUUCAUACCAGGGAGGAGGACCAGUGGUCGGAGACCGUUCAUCACCCAGGGUACUCCUUGGCCUGUUCUCCAUCACACGGCAUGCUGGCUGCCAACACCUCGGCCUGCUUCAGCGUUUCAGUGUUCGCAGACACCUGGGGUCUGUACUACGACCAGAUCAUCAUACUGAUCGAGCAGUUGGAGCCGCUCGUCAUAGACGUGUGGGUGGAGGUGGUCGGCUCACCGCUGAGCUUCGCCUUACGAACACGAGACUCUCCAUGGCCCGUGCUGUGGAUCUCUCACUCGGAUCCCGAGCGUCUCGUAAACAUUACGAAUACUUCACGCGCCGACUUGACAGUAUAUCCAUAUAUUAUUAAAGAAAAUGAGUUUAAACAACAAGACCUUCCAUUCCGUCUCUACCUGCGUCUUGUUGAUGUGUUACCUCGUGUCUGUCCUUGUCUCUCUGCCUUCAGUUCAAGAAGUUUUAUAGAAGAAGAGGUUUCGGAACAAAGUAUGUACGAAGAAGAAAUGGACACAGGUGUGGAGUUAUAUCUGGCACCCGACUUUGGAAUACAAGACGACUCGUUUUAUCAGGUCGAGCCGCUACAGUUGUCGAUAAAAGAGGGAGAGAGUGCCUCAUUAACAAUACGGUCACUUCCACAUCAUGAAGUAGCGCCUUAUUCCACGUUAAUGCUUCGAAGUUUACCAGUUAAAGAGUGCGGUGUAGCUUGGUACCGCCCUCCGCCACCCGUCCAGUGCGUGGCACUGCGUGAGGCUGAACGACACUCCGACCUCAGAAUCACUCACUCCGAGAUACAAGUGACAUUGUGUGCCCUGGAUCUGCCCCCCGAUGAUAUCAUGAGAGUUCGCAAAAUGGUGAAACUACAGAACACUGGGGAAGGGCCCUUAGAAACUACGGCUAAGACAGGAGCGCCUUGGCUAUUAGGACUCUCCAGACAUAUGUGUAAAGCUCACUGCAUCGAGGGUGACAGAACCAAGUCCGAGAGUAUAACAGUCCAAAUGCCACCGAGAAGUUGCAUUGAAAUGGUCGUUGAGCUCAGUUUAAAAACCAAUGAUGUGUGGCCCUCGCAGGGCAGUGUGUAUCCUUCAAGAACCAUUACUAGGACUGAGUUGUGCUUUUCCGAUCACGAAGCCGUUAUGUUAUUGUCUCUUCCACUUGUAUUACACAUGGACAUGCCCAUACUUGAGACGGAGCCAGAGGUUAUCGACUUCGGUUUCGUGUCUGACAACACGUCUCGGAAGUCUUACUUCACUGUCAAACAUUCCAGUCCGUCCGCUGUUAUCGAGUUGGCGACGAGCUGGUCUGGUGAUAGGCAGUUCGAUCUUUGGCCUUCAAGUCUUUCUCUGCCACCUGGUGUCAGCGAACGUGUUUAUCUUCAGUUCACAGCUAAUUGGAUGGAGGGCGCCGUGUCUUGCGGGGAGGCCGUAAUCCGUUCCCGGGGAGCUGGAGGUGAGUGGUGCAGAACAACCGUCAGAGCUCGAGCCUGCGUCGCCCGGACAACCUCACACGUACACGACGACCACACUGAUGAUGUCAACUUACUGCCUUCCUAAAUAAAUUCAAUGCUAUACCAGUAACCACGUUAAGAGAGAAGAUCACACGUGUGUAGCGACUGUAGCUAUACCAUACAUAGAUACAUUAAUGUUGAGGAUACCUUAAAGUUUAAUAAGAAAUAGUAGAAAACCUUUUUUAUAUUAUAUUAACUCUCCUGUACCCUUGAUGUUCCGUUAAACAAGCUAUUUAAAAUAUACGUUCAACAAAAUUAA